AUGCACAUACCGCUUUCGCCGAAAUCUCGUCGCAAAGCGGCCGCCGCCGCAUCAAAAGAAGAGGAUGAACGAGACGACACAACAUUGGACGUUUUGGAAACCGUCUCGCAAGUUCGAGCGAAAGUGUAUUCAAAGCGACACAAAGAACAGAAAACGAUCGCGUUCGUACCAACCAUGGGAGGAUUACACCAAGGACACGUGUCUUUAAUCCAACUGGCAUUGAACAAAUACGAUUUUGUCGUCGUGAGCGUCUACGUGAACCCGAUGCAGUUCGCACCGAACGAAGACUUUGACCUGUAUCCGAGAACGUUAGAGGAAGAUUUGGAGAAGAUGAAAAAUUUAAGAGAAAACGCGCGCAUGUGCGUCUUCGCGCCGAAGGAAUCUCUGUUUGGAAAAGGCGUGGACCCUUCGGAGUGCGCGCACGUGACGGUCCCGAACGUGGGUCAGGGGUUGUGCGCGACCACGCGACCGCAUUUUUUCGGCGGCGUGGCGACGGUGGUUUUGAAACUGUUGAACAUCGUCAAACCGGACGCGGCGGUGUUCGGGAGGAAAGAUUAUCAGCAGUUGAAAGUUAUCGAGAAGAUGGUGAGAGAUUUCGAUUUGGACGUGGAGAUUUUGAGCGGGGAGAUCGUGCGCGAACCGGUGAACGGAGACGCGUCGGACGCGGACUCUUGCCCGGGAUUGGCGAUGAGUUCCAGGAAUACGUAUUUAACGGAAAAAGCGAGGAAACAAGCGGAGUCGAUAUCGGUGGCGUUGAAAGAUGUCGCGGAUGGUAUUUCCGGACGCUCGGACGAGUUUACGCCGGCUAUGGGGGCGAACAUGGCGCAGGGAUGGGUUGGGUUUAUUAAAAGGUGCAUAGAACUGAGCGGAGGUAAAGUCGAUUACGUGGAGAUUCGCCAACGAGAGACGUUGGAAGGGCCGGUGGAAAAGUUAGUCAAAGGGGAGAAAUACGUGGUGUUAGCAUAA